CCUAUAUCCCAACCAUCUUCGUUUUUAUUCAUUAUUUUACUUCACGAAUUACCGUGACACCCUGUCAAAACGCAGUACAAAUUACAUAACACCAGCUUUUGAGUGUAAUAUUAACUUCACCUUUUAGAUUUGGUAACAACAUUCCAAUAAACUCCAAACGUUAUUGUCGGGUCCAGAGACACCACAACAAAACAACACAGCUACUACAACACAACACAACAAAACAUCUCUCUUCUUCUUCUUCUCUCUCUUUUGUUACCGUUAACCAUGGCAGACUACGAAAACCACCACCACCUUCACCAACAACAACAAGUAGUUUCAAGAGAAACAGCUUUCCAAGCACUGAACACGAUCAUUCAGCUCCAUUUCGAGAAAACCCUCGAGAAGAAACGUUCCAUUGACCUUCAAAAAAAGGAACUCCACAAGCUAUUCCAAAUCUUCUUCAUCUUCCUCACUCUACUCUUCAUGGCACAAUCAAUCUCGUCUCGUCUUCAAUGUCGCCACUGUUGGAUCCCCAUCACUCUUCUCUCCAUGGCCCACCUCAUCUUCUAUGUCUCCGUAGCACAGACUCUUAGAUGCAUUAACGGGUUCAAGUAUCAGAGAAGGUGUCACAAGCUUACACUUGGUUUGGCGACUGAGAAGCUUAGGGAUAUGAAAAUGAGGUUGAGUGGUGGUGCUGAUUUUGAAGCUAUUGGGGAUGAAGAGUUUGAGAUUCAUUAUCAGGAACCUCCUGAGAGCUAUUUUGGUAAGUUUAAGAGAAAUUGGGCUCUUCAUUUUGGGUUCUUGAUCUUGAUCUAUGGUUUUAUGAUAUCUUCCUCUGUUGUUCUUCUUUGUUUUUGAUGUUAUCACCUUGGGUUGUUUUAGUUCAAGUUAUUAAAUGCUUUGUAAUGUAACACUAUUAUAUUUUGAUAGAGAGAAAGAGGUUUAAUUAA